GGCCUAAAUGUAAACAACAUACGCAAUAACGCAGUUCUUCACACAAACCACUUACAAGGCAACUCCUAAUACAUGACAGAAUUGCGUAAUUACGAGGUGUAAAAGGCGAGGAAAGUGGAAGAAAUAUUGCUUUCUCUUCUCUCUCCGGCAUUCCUUUGCUUCUUCAGUUCUUAGUUUAACUCGAGGCCGAAUAAAAUAUUAUAUCCUCGAUAUCUGGAUCUAGUUUUCGUGUAAAUUAAAUAUUAACAAGAUCUAGAAACAUUUACUAAACUCUCAGACUCAGAGUUGAAAGAUCGAUAUUUCUUUGCGGGUUACAGAGUAAGUUCUAUUUUAUAUAAACGAACUCCCGGCUCUGUAGCUUAUCAUUAUAAAUUGAUAGUUAAGUGGAAGGAAACUCGCAUUUAUUGAUAGUGUUACACAGACUACAGAACAGAAUGGACGUACCAGAGAUGCUGGAGAACAACAAGCUCGUGAUAACCCUCGGGUUCUCCGUCUUCUCUUUCACCAACUACCUCACUAGAUUCAUCAUACCGGAGAGCGCCUGCAGAACCACACAGCAAAGAUGGAAAUGGAGGAACGUAGCGACUUCGUUUAUACAUUCAUUUAUCACUGGGAUAUGGUCUCCACUAGCAUUUUAUCAGGCCCCAGAAAUGAGUAAUGAUCUGAUAAGUACCUCUACUCCUUCCACACACGCCUUAGUCUCCUUCUCCAUAGGAUACUUUAUAUACGACGCACUGGACAUGAUCAUCUACCACAGGAAGAGAUCCACCUACGAGCUACUAAUACACCAUUUUUUGGUCGUUAUCUGCUUCUCAAUAGCGGUGUUUAGCCACCAGUACGUGGCCUACGGCGCUCUCUCCUUAAUGGUUGAGAUCAACUCCGUGUUCCUCCACGCCAGGCAGCUCUUCAUCAUUACUGGAGAACCUAAAUCCUCUCUGAGAUACAAGACUAAUGCUCUCUUCAAUGUUGGAACGUUUCUCUUCUUCCGUAUCCUGUUGCUGGGAUGGAUGACGAGGUGGUUGACGGUGAACAGGGACAAGAUUCCUUUAGCAUUCUUUACUGCUGGUUCAGUCGGACUCGCCGUUAUUGUUCUCAUGAACAUAAUCCUGUUCUGUAGAAUACUAUCUGUUGAUUUCUCCUAUAUCCUGAAAGUAGGACGGAGCGAGGACGGAAGGUCGGAGAAAUCCAGCAACGGAGGAAGUUGGAUCCAGCACAAUGCCAAGACCUACAUAAACUCCGUUGUAUCGGAAGAGAAUCAAGAACGGAAGGAACGGAUCGAAUAGUUCGAACAAGAAAAUA